UCUCGCUGUCAUCUCGCGUUUUGCAGCGGACGUCAACGCCAAUCGAAAAGGGAGAAGAAAAGAACCGCAAGCUGCCUGUGAAAAUCCGAAAAAGUGCACUUUUUCCGGCGAUUCAAUCCGAGUAACUUGCUCCAACCUAGUCCUCUGUCCACCGGCAGCCGGAAGUGAACGGAUCUGACCGGUCAAUUCGCAAGAUGGAGCCCUACGAUGUGAUAGUGAACCAGCCAGUGGUGAUCGACAAUGGUUCUGGUAUGAUCAAAGCUGGUUUCGCCGGUGAUCACAUUCCAAAGUGCCGGUUUCCAAAUUAUAUUGGCAGACCGAAGCACGUGCGUGUUAUGGCUGGCGCCUUGGAGGGGGACUUGUUUGUGGGACCAAAAGCCGAAGACUACCGUGGACUGCUCAGUAUCCGCUACCCGAUGGAGCACGGUAUCGUCACCGACUGGAACGAUAUGGAGAAAAUUUGGACGUACAUCUACAGCAAAGAUGAACUAUCCACAUUUGCCGAGGAGCAUCCGGUCCUGCUGACGGAAGCUCCACUAAAUCCGAGGAAAAAUCGCGAAAAGGCUGCGGAAAUCUUUUUCGAAACGUUGGGAGUGCCAGCUCUGUUUGUAUCGAUGCAGGCAGUGCUCAGUCUUUACGCCACCGGUCGUGUCACUGGUGUGGUGUUGGAUUCCGGUGAUGGGGUGACCCAUGCCGUUCCGAUCUACGAGGGUUUCGCCAUGCCUCACAGUAUCAUGCGAGUGGAUAUUGCGGGUCGGGACGUUACCCGUUAUCUCAGGACGCUAAUCCGAAAGGAAGGCUUCAAUUUCCGCACAACGGCCGAAUUCGAGAUUGUAAGAUCGAUCAAGGAGAAGGUCUGCUAUCUACCGACGGUUCCGCAGAAAGAGGAAACCGUCGAUGCGGAGAAGGUGAAGUACACUUUGCCGGAUGGAAAUGUACUGGAAAUCGGUCCGGCGCGGUAUCGAGCCCCGGAGGUACUGUUCCGACCGCACAUGCUUGGCGAAGAGUGCGAGGGUAUUCACGAAGUGCUGAUGUAUUCGAUCCAGAAAUCCGAUAUGGAUCUGCGGAAGAUGCUGUAUCAGAACAUUGUACUAUCCGGUGGUUCAACGCUGUUCAAGGGCUUCGGCGAUCGGUUAUUGUCGGAGAUUAGGAAGCACGUGGCCAAGGAUAUGAAGAUUAGGAUCGCUGCACCUCAGGAGCGAAUCUAUUCCACCUGGAUGGGUGGUUCGAUUCUGGCAUCGCUCGACACGUUCAAGAAGAUGUGGGUUGCGAAGCGAGAGUUCGACGAAGACGGGCAGCGGGCAAUUCAUCGAAAGACAUUCUAAAGUAUAAUCACCAAACCGGCGAGACGGCUUUCAUAUAGACGAACAUGCAUUACAUACACACCCACUCAGCACGUACUAGGCUCUCACUCAACAUUCAAACACACAUACAACACACAAACAACUCUCAGGUCGCAGUGCAACCAUGCUUCGAUGUCAACAAGGUGGCGCAGAUCGGAGACCAAUCAGGGAAUCGUCGUAGCAGGUUUGAAGGGAAAUGGACCGAGAAGGUAAGUCUAUGCUUUUUAAAUUUCUACGGUGAAGAAUUGGCCCCAUGUUGUGUUGCGCGGUGGAUAGAGCAGGAACCAACCGAGGGAGUAAGCCUAUGGGGUGUUCUACAUUGAAAGUAUCUUCACUCUUUAAUUUUCGAGUACGGUUAAACAAUCGCUAUGUGAGAUUCGUUCAUUAGACAGUUUUGCUUAGACAGGAAGAAAGUAAAGGUGUUUUGUUGCGUUAGGACCCGAAAUAUAAUAUAUAAUGUGAUUGACAUCGUGUGGGCACUGUUUAUUGUUGCUUGCUGUCUGUUCGUGAGAACGCAGUCAAGAUAUUUUUGAAAGUUUGAUUUCUAGAUACAUUUGUGUUCGUUUUUAAAUUACAAAUAUUGCUUAAAACGUUGAGUUUGAACUAUCUCGAUAUCCGUUCAAUUGCUUUUAUUUCAUACAAUGCACAACGGUUGAAAUGAAACCAGUCUCAAUAAUACCCUGUUUUACGCUACUUGGAUUGUUUGAUCUUCUUAUCUAUGUUCUUAAAUGCAGAAAUAUGCAAUUUUGAAAUCCAUUCCAGCUCUGUUUUCUUAUGUGUUUGUGCUCCUACUAUUUCUGAACUUUUCCACAAAAUGUCUUCUACUAAAGUCGUUGCAUAAUUCCGGCUUCGAGCAGCUUGAUUUUUCUUCUUCCAAACUAAAAACGAAAUCUCUCUCAAACGGUUACAUACACACUGCGAUGAGGAUCUUUUAUCGAAAGCAAAAAAAAACUGUAAACAGUGGAUCGCUUCAUUGGCUAAGACUAGUAAGUUAUAAUUUAAUUAUUUAUAUACUUAACAAAAACCAAGAAGGUAAAACAAUAUAAAGAUAAUCUAAAUAAACUAAUGAAGUAGAUAUUAUGUAAUGAAAUUGAAUGCGAUAGUGCGGAAGAUUUGAAGUAACAAUUACGUGGGUACGUAGUAACAAGUGGAAAUCGACUGCGAGAGAAGAAAAUAUAUAUAUCGGUAAAGUGAAACUAACCGGAAUA